AGUGGCCAGGAUAGGAUGGGUCGUGUCCUCUUUGAAGUGGGGCUGGGUGCCUGUGGCACUGUUGUGACGAUGUCUGCAGACUAUCUGAACUACUCUACACACCUGUCCUAUGAGCCCAGACCAAUUGGAACCGUUAUCCUCAGAACGAACGGGGCAGUAGUUCCCAUCCAGUGCUUGUAUCGCAGGCACCAAAACGUGAGCAGCCACGCUAUCAAACCAACUUGGAGACCUUUCAGCUCCACGAAAACCGGGGAGGAACGCCUGGCAUUCUCACUGCGGCUGAUGAACGAUGACUGGAGUGCGGAGCGUGCUUCCAAUGUCUACCACUUGGGGGAGCUCAUUCACAUCGAGGCCUCGGUUGAGACUGGGAACCAUUUGGAUCUCAGGGUGUUGAUUGACCGCUGUGUGGCCACCUUGACCCCAAACAAGACCUCCAGCCCCAGAUACUCCAUCAUUGACUCCAAUGGGUGCCUAGUGGACAGCAGAGACGAAGGCUCGUUUUCCUCUUUUGUAUCACCAAGAGCUGAAGAGGAUAAGCUACGGCUCCUCCUGGACGCAUUUCGCUUCCAUGAGGACCAUCGGAACUCUAUAUUCAUUACGUGCCACCUGAAGGUUUCAGCCGCAGUGGAUAAGGCCAUUGACUCUAUGAACAAAGCCUGUUGGGUCGAUAAGUCAAGCAAUGUGUGGGUCUCAGUAGAAGGUUUGGAUGCUGUGUGCAAUUGCUGUGAACUAGACAACUGUGGAUCAAGUGGAGGGGGUUUUCUUUCCAGAGGAAAGCGAGCUCUAAACUCUGAACCAGGAAGCUUUGCCCAUGGAGAACGAAAAGCCGAGGUGAUGGUGGGGCCUUUGGUGAUCUUCGAUUACGGUUCGGGAGAGCUCGUGGCUUCAAAGCUGGACGAUGCCUUGUCUCAGCGUUCAACGAGCAGCUCUUCAGGUGGAUAACAUGCGAAUCUGUUCCUGUCUCCUCUUCGACCGCGCCUU